CCCGAGCCUCUGUCCCCCUCAGGCCUCGGCUGCUGCGGUGAAGGCAGGUGCCCUGGCCCGGCCGCUGGGUCGUCUUUUAUUUUUAAAAAUGUUUUUAUUGGGGAUGGAGCCCGCAACCCGGGCCUGUGCCCUGACCGGGAAUCAAACCAUGUCCUCCUGAUUCAUAGGUCGACGCUCAGCCACUGAGCCACGCCAGCCGGGCUGGUCUUUAGGUUCUAACCCGGGAGGCUCGCAGGCAAGAGGGCAGUGCCAUCGAGGCCCAUGUUUUGGUAAAAGUGCCAAGAGUGACACCGUGGAAGGUGAUGCGAGGGGACGGGGAGGGAGCGGGUCAGGCUGGGCCUUCCCGGGUGGGCGCGCUUCCUCAGACAUGGGCAGCCCCCAGCUCUGUGGGAGGCGAGCCGUCCUCCCCUCCUCCAGAGUCCAGGACGGGGUCCUGAUGCCCUGGGACCUGCCCUCCAGGCCGUCCUUGUGGUGCCCUCUGGAAGGCACCUUCCAGGCCCCGCACGGGGCUGGGUGCGAGAGCCAGGAAGGAUCUGACCCCGUUGGCCGGCACGGCGACAGGUGGGCCGAAAGACGAGCCCGUGAACUCGAUCUGUGCGUGGGGUGGCCAGCGGCUCGGUUUCAGCUCUCACGGGGCGAGCAUGACCGCGCGGCUUUAUAUAGCUCCACGGGCCCAUAAAAGCAGGAGGCGCCCUUGUGGAGGGAGCAUCGAGCAUCGUUGCUGUCCAGCUGGGCGGCCCCUCCCCUGAGCAGUAGCGGCCCCGGGGCGGCCACCCCGCUGCCCCCAGGAUGCCCAGCAGGACGGUCCGCUACGAGGGCUACAGCCCCCGGCAGCGGCGCCGGCGGAUGCUGGCCCAGCGCAGCGUGCGCUUCCCCAACGACGUCCUGUUCCUGGACCACGUCCGCCAGGGCGACCUGGAGCAGGUGGGGCGCUUCAUCCGGGCCCGGAAGGUGGCCCUGGACACCCUGUACCCCUCAGGCCUGGCCGCCCUGCACGAAGCAGUCCUGUCCGGGAACCUGGAGUGUGUGAAGCUGCUGGUCAAAUACGGGGCAGACAUCCACCAGCGCGACGAGACGGGCUGGACGCCCCUGCACAUCGCCUGCAGCGACGGGUACCCCGACAUCGCCAGGUACCUCCUCUCCCGGGGAGCGGACAGGGGGGCGGCCAACGACGACGGCGACCUGCCCGCCGACCUCAUCGACCCCGACGCCAAGGACUUGGUGGAGCUCUUCCAGGGCCCCGGGCUGGGCUGAGCCGGCCGCUCCGCGACCCAUCCACGCGCCCCAUCCACGCGCGCCCGCCCUUGCGCGCACCUCCCGCCCGAGGGGCCGGCCAGGCCCCCGCUCCUUGGACUCCCCCCGCCCCGCGCCCCUGGCCGCCUCCUCUCCGGUGCCUUUUGUACGGUGACACUUUGUACUUUUUCAAUAAACAUGAGCUGAGC